AUGGCAUCACCGGUAUUACCAUAUUCAGACCUACUCGGUAAUCCAAAACAAGCUUCGCAUCCUGGCGAAAAAGCAUCACUGUGCAUGCUGCACUCAUUCUACCUUAAUAUACUCCUACACAUGUUCAACCUGAGGUCGUUCUCCUCGAUGUGCUGAGAGAAAAAACUUAAUUCUCUUGAUGCACUUGGAGCAGUGCCUAUAUCUUAUAAAAAAAUUAAACCUUUUUACUGUCCAAAAAUUCUCCAGGAAAACCCAACCCCAUAA